AGGCUGGCGCGUAGGGCGCCCGAGGACGAGGAGGGCGAGAGCGGCGCGCUGUGUGCGGCCACUGCGGCCACCAUCCCGGUCGGGCCGCCGGGGGCCCGGCGGCCCCACUCGCCGCCCGUGGUGCCGCCGCGCGGCGGCGCCGCCCCGUGGGGCCCGGGCUGGCGGCGGAGGACCCCCGACGACGGCCUCGCCCAGGGCGAGGCGCGCCGAGCCGGCGGCGGCGAGGCGCAGGGUCCGCCGCACAGGCCGUCCACACCAGGCGCGAGCAGGGACGGCAGCAGCCCAGCAGACUCACCGCGGCUGGUGGACAGGC